GAGCCGAAGAGUUUUCCGUGGAUCACUAGAUCAUACGGAAGAAAAGGAAUCAUCAUUGAAAUCCUUCUAGUCUAUCCGUGUUCUCCUCACAAUGAUACCUACAACCCAUCCCAUGUUCUCGGACUCCCUCCAUCAUGGCUCCAUAUUCACUUGCUCUCCACACCACCCCUGCAACAUGUCGUCCGCCCUUCUUCUUUUUUUUCAUCCCAUCAAUCAUCCCCUGGCUUCAUUUCGAAGCCCACAUCCCUCUAUAUACCCUGGCUCGUUUCCAAACGUCAACUCGCUCUUACUGGCUUAGUUCGUGUCUUGGCGGAAUAUCGACCAAACACCUCCUGGCCUGCGUUUCUCCUAGACAAACGAACCACCAUCUCUCAGCUCAUACCACGCCCACCACCACGCACAGGAGUGACACCACAUGGUCGACCUCUUUUAGGCUUUCCGUCCCGUCUAUUCGUGCGAUUUCCAAGUUCGAGAUCGCGGGCCCCGGGUACCGCUUCACUGCCACCGUGA